CCGGCACUUCAGUUUCCGGGAUUUACGCUCCGGAAUACAAAAUAAUCCUGGCGCACCAUGCGUGUUUUAACUGAUUCGAUUUGCGUUCGAGUGUUGUGCCGGGAAAAUGUGCUCGUGGCGAUCGGAAACAGAUUGGCAUUCCUGUAUCUUGAUGCGAACGGGGACACUCAGCAAACGUUCGCCGCUGUACCGCGUUUGUUGGAUAAAAUCCACGGAAUUGUUGCCUGCCUUGUCACAGACUCAACGUACCAGAUUGUGUUCCACGCCGGUCCUGAGCUGUACAGCACGAUAGUUGAUUGUAGUACUCAUUCGUUCAGCGAGUGCACCCGGAUCGAGGUGCGUGAAGAUGUACAGCCACUUCCCGUCCCUCACAUUCGAAGGCGCGUUUCGGAUUGGAUCAGCAGCGUUUCGCUGCUUUCACCUACCCAACUUUGUCUGCUGACCAGUCAUGGGGUAGCGGUGUUGUUACACCGGUCUGCCGAAAAUCCGACGGAGUGGAGCAUGAUUGAUAAAUGCGCCUGUGACGACGGUUCCACACUCUACUGCUCCACGCUAAGCGGCCAGCAGUGGGAACGAUUGGUGUGUUUCACCGGUACAGCACUAGGAUUGCUGCUUAUCUGGCGCGUUGCUGGUGACAAUCGGGGUAGAGUGUUGGAACGGAUAUCGGCCCAUAACGGAGUCAUCUUCUCGAUCGCUUGUGAUUUUGGGUCCGGCCUACUGACGACCACCUCCGAUGAUCGAUCGGUAAAAUUUUGGAAAAUAAGGCAGUGCGAUGCCAAAGACGACACUACUGUUGUGGAACUACACGAGGAACGUUACUGCUUUGCGCACACCGCGAGGGUGUUCCAGUGUCGCAUUAUCAAGAAUGCCUUCAGAUGCCUCGUCGCAACGAUAGGAGAAGACUCGCACCUAUGCCUGUGGAAUAGAGAGGGUGAUUUGCUGUUGAAGAAACAACUGGAUGAAGGAGCAACGCUUUGGGGCAUGGAUUACGACCCGGAAACGACGACAAUCUUCGUCACAGCUAGCAAUGGUAAUUUACACAAGUACAGCAUCAAAUCCUGGAUGGAGGACAGCCAACGUGGUUCCGAUAUACAACACAUGAACGAUAUUAGCCCGACUUUGGCGGUUGGAGAGCACCUGGCGAAGAUUCGUUUUAUCCCACGAAACGGGACCCUUGUUGCGGUGACAAACAAGCAUUCAGUCGUAACCCUGAACAGCGAUGGAACCGUUAUACAGUCAAUUGCCAAGAUAGAUGCAUUCAAGUGUAGCAUUCUAGAUGUUGGAGGAUCAUUUUUAUACCUUGCAGGAGGCUGUAACGUUCAACUAUACAAAGUGACGAACGAGGGGCUCUCUGAACUUAUCACUUUAAAAUCGAUUUUCUUCGACGACAAGAUGCUACUUGAAGAACACGAAGAACCACUUCGUGAUGGAACAAUACGAUCCCUGAGCUACUGUAAGUUGUCGCGGAAUGUUGCCAUUUGUGACGGAUACGGACGCUGCCUAAUCUACGACGAAACACUAACGAAUGUUUUAUCAAAGCAUCGCAUUCCCAAGUCACCCGAAAGAUGGAUAACUUCGUUUGCAGUACCGCGUGCAGGUUACCUUCUAUUAGCCGAUCGAUCCGGUCAUUUCUAUCUGUAUGACGUUGAGCAUGUGAAGCCUCUCUGUAGGUUAUCGAAUGUCCAUGGAAAACUCGGCAUUACCUCGAUUACGAUAGAAGCAGAAGAUGCUGAAUGUGGAAGCUAUCGUCUCACUACGACCGGUCAUGACGGACGCAUCUGUGAGUUGUAUCUCAGCACGAAAGACCCGAAACUGGAAUUGCUAACUUACAGCAAAACUCGUAUCAGUUGGAUCGACCGCACGAUUCCAUGCGACUCCUGGCGGUUCUACCUUGGCUUUAAUGAUUCACAUUUCCUCAUGACGGACGAGCGUAAUGAAAUCUGCUGCCAAUUUGAUUGCGGUGGUGGACAUCGUUGUUGGGAUUUCUUUUACAAUCAACACUCGAAUGAGUUUACGUUCGUUUUCAUACAGCAUAAGAAGCUCAAACGUGUGCAGAUUACGUUAGCCUGCAGCGUCGGUAGUGCGCUCAGUUUACCGCGCCACAAGUGGCACACUCGGGCAUGCAAUGUGUUGCGUGUGAUAUCUCGGAGCGACGGGAAUUACUUGCUUGUUUCCGGCGGAGAAGAUAAUAUUCUACGGAUAAAUCUUUGGGCCAAUGGGGAACUACUUGCAGAACCUCGGAAACACAUUUUUAGCCAUAUAUCAGGCAUCAAAACAAUUAUUACGAGCGCACUGAAGGAAGAUCCGGAACGAUUGCUAGUCAUAUCAGCAGGUGGAAGGGCACAGAUAUGCCUAACCACCGUUAGAAUGCUGACUUUGGGUCCCAAACAGGAGUACGAGUACAUGCUGUUGGCCUCGGAUGCGGAACGGUGCCGAUGGAAAACGAAUCGCCAGUCAAGCUACGAUCCGGAAACCAAGUUCAUGUGCGCUGCUCGCGUGUGUGAAGACAGGAUCGUUUUCGGUUGUUCCGAUGGAUUCAUUCGUAUCUACAAGAUUUCGCACACCGAUGGCCAAUGGUUGGUAGAGCUGGAAACGGAAUCUUUUUACGGACGCUGCGUACUACAGACGGUACCGAUUGACGGGUGUACGAUGGAGGGACUGUUCGUAACCAUGGCUACCGACGGGUACCUGUGCUUCUGGGAUAUCACCACACCGAACGAGCCGAUUUACCGGCAUCGUCAUCACAGUAGCGGUAUGAAUUCGGUUGAUGUACGAAUUGACGGAAAAGGCAACAUCCUGUUGGCCACAGGCGGGGAUGAUCAAUCGAUAAGUGUUUCGCAGUUCGAAGUAACGACGCUCGAUGGUAGGAGAGAGGUGAAGCAUGUAGUGGGACUAUGCGAAAAGUAUCUGCAUACGGCGCAAGUAACGGGAAUCAAACUAUUGAGCGAUGAUCGACUGAUCAGUGCCGGCGUUGAUCAACGAAUAUACAUUAGCAGCUUUACCGGGUUUUCCUCGCUGGCGGUGACCGGCACCACGAGCACGUGCGUGGCGGAUGUAAAGGGAAUAUCGUUCAUCUCCGAGCGCAAUGAACUCAUCGUAUACGGUUGUGGCAUAGAAAUAGUCAAUCUUUCAAACUUAUAAUCUAGUCCUAGAUAAGGUCUAGUCCUUCUCAGCGAAGAAAAGUUAACUAAUAAAA